AGGAAUUUACACAACAGUAAAUAUCCCAGUUGAUCACAAAGCUCCAUGGGAGGCCAGAACACAUUACGGCUUUUUGAAGAGCAGGUUUUACCACAAAUAAUUGUGAUUGAAAUUGGCCACCUAUGGCCCUUGCAGCACAUUCCCCAGAUCCCCAGAGUUAAACUGUGCGUGGUGACACUGGACCAAUGCUUGUGCCAUAUUUAUGACUCCAACAUGUGAUGUUUCAGGAUGGCAGUGAAAGGCAGGGGCACGUCCUGCUGGCUGGUCUCCCUCACUGCCUUCUGCCUGGCAGCCACCCCCAGCACCAAGGCCUGUCCUCGCCGCUGUGCCUGCUACGUGCCCACAGAGGUGCACUGCACUUUUCGGUACCUGACCUCCAUCCCGGACAGCAUCCCGCCCAAUGUGGAGCGCAUGAAUUUAGGGUACAACAGUGUGGUUAGGUUGACAGAAACCGAUUUCUCUGGCCUGAACAAGCUGGAGUUACUAAUGCUGCACAGCAACAGCAUUCACACAAUCCCCGAUAAGACCUUCUCAGAUUUGAAGGCCUUGCAGGUCUUAAAAAUGAGCUAUAACAAAGUCCGAAAACUUCAAAAGGAUACUUUUUAUGGCCUCAGGAGCUUGACACGGUUGCAUAUGGAUCACAACCAUAUUGAAUUUAUAAACCCAGAGGUUUUUAAUGGACUCACCUUUCUCCGACUAGUGCAAUUGGAAGGAAAUCACCUCACUAAGCUCCAUCCAGAUACAUUUGUCUCUUUGCGUUACCUCCAGAUAUUUAAGACAUCUUUCAUAAAAUACCUGUACUUGUCUGAUAACUUCCUGACCUCCCUCCCUCAAGAGAUGGUGUCCUAUAUGCCUGACUUGGAAAGCCUUUAUCUUCAUGGGAACCCCUGGACCUGUGAUUGCCACCUAAAAUGGUUAUCUGAAUGGAUCCAGGAGAAGCCAGAUGUAAUAAAAUGUAAAAAAGACAGAAGCGCUUCCACCCCUCAGCAGUGUCCCCUUUGUAUGAAUCCCAGGAUGUCCAAAGGCAAGUCUUUAGCCAUAGUCCCAGCUGCAGAUUUCCUGUGUACCAAGCCAACCAUUGAUCCAUCUCUGAAAGUAAAGAGCCUGGCUCUUCUUGAAGACAGCGAUUCUGCCUCAGUCUCUCCCCAAGAUUUCAUGGCACCCUUUGGCUCCCUCACUUUGAAUAUGACAGACCAGUCUGGAAAUGAAGCUAAAGUGGUCUGCAAUAUCCAGAGGCCCUCAAGGACAUCAUCCAUGGCAUUCACUGAAAAAAGAGACUACAUCAUGCUAAAUACAUCAUUUUCUACAUUUCUAGUAUGUAACAUAGAUGACAGAGACAUUCAGUCAGUGUGGCAAGUUCUGGCUUUGUACAGUGAUUCUCCUCUGAUCCUAGAAAGGAGCUACUGGCUCAAUGAAACAUCACAGCUCUGUUACAAAUAUAAACAGGUGGCUCCGAAACCUGAAGAUAUUUUUACCAAUGUAGAAGCUGAUCUCAGAGCAGAUCCCUCUUGGUUAAUGCAGGACCACAUUUCCUUGCAGCUAAACAGAGCUGCCACCACACUGAGUACAUUGCAGAUCCAGUACUCAAGUGAUGCUCAAGUCACUUUACCAGGGGCAGAGAUGAAGCCAGUGAAACACAGUUGGACCAUGAUUUCGAGGGAUAACAAUACCAAGCUGGAAUGCACUGUUUUGGUUGGUGGGACCAUUGAGUUGGACUGCCCAGGCCAAGGAGAUCCCACCCCUCAUCUGGAGUGGCUUCUAGCUGAUGGGAGUAAAGUGAGAGCCCCUUAUGUUAGUGGGGAUGGACGGAUUCUAAUAGACAAAAGUGGAAAACUGGAACUCCAGAUGGCUGAUAGUUUUGACACAGGCAUAUACCACUGCAUAAGCACAAAUUACCAUGAUGCAGAUAUUCUCACCUAUAGGAUAACUGUGGUAGAGCCCCAUGUAGAAGUCUCUCAUGAAAAUGGGGCUCAUCAUACAGUUUUCGUUGGUGAAACACUGGAUCUUCCAUGCCAUUCUGUUGGUGUCCCAGAUGCCUCUGUUAGCUGGGUUCUUCCAGGAAACUCUGUGCUAUAUCAGUCCUCUAGAGACAAGCAAAUUCUUAACAAUGGCACAUUAAGAUUGUUACAGGUCACCCCAAAAGACCAGGGUCAUUAUCGUUGUGUGGCAGCCAACCCAUCAGGGGCUGAUAUUUUGAUUUUCCAAGUUUUAGUCAAAAUAAAAAGACAAAGGCCAAUGGAGCAUGAUGUAGAAACAGAUGGUUCUGGACUUGAACCCAAUCCCUUUGUUCAUCCUAAGGAACCAAGUGUACAACUCCCUACAUCUACCCUGAAGGGGGCUGAGGUAGGAAAACAAGUCUCAAGCACAAGUAAGAGGCACAACAAUAGGGAGUUAAUAUACCAGCACUAUAGAGACUCAACAAAUCAACAUUUUAGGGAGCAUAGGAGGCAGUUCCCUCCCCCAGCCCGGAAAAUUGAUCCACAACACUGGGCAGCACUUUUGAAGAAAGCUAAAAAGAAUGCUGCACCAGAGAAACAAGAAAAUAUCACUGUAAGGCCAACUCCACUGGUCACCCAACUUCUAAAGCUACCUGGUGAGGAAGACGAAUCUUCAGGUAUGCUCCUUCCGGAUGAGGAGUUUAAUGUCCUGGCAACUAAAGCUCUGAAUGUUCCAGGAGUGACAGCAGCUGCUGGUUCCAGAACAAUAUCUGAUAGCCCUGUGACAAAUAUAACUUCUGGCACUGAGGUCUCCCCAAUUGUGAGUCCACAGAUACUACCAUCUGAAAAAUCUAUAGAUUUCAAAUUAUCAACUUCUAUUAAAAUUACAGCCUUGCCAAUGAGUAUAAAUCCAACCACAUCAAGGAAAAUGCAAGGCCCAACCAACCAAAAUUCACCCACUAUCUCUUCUCUACCAUCUGGAGCAACUGAACUUCAGGAUGCUGACCAGAUAGGGAGAAGAAGAGAACAUUUCCAAAGUGCUCUCCCAGUAACAGUGGAGCCUCCGAUCAAAGAUAUCAAUAUCACAAUGCUUAGUAGUACUAACAGCAAAGCUGAUAAAUUCUUAGAGUCAGUAAAUACUAUGAAUAGUCACCAGAAAUCUGUAACAGCAGUCAGUGAAUCUAGAAACAAUCAUCUUUAUUCUCACACUACUCAAAAGCUUAGCACCUUCAAGCUCCCUUCAGGUCCACACACUGCUGCUCAUUCUCAGUUACAGAUUCCUAGAAAUAGUACAACUAGCAUCCCACUCUCCAGACGCUUCGAGAGGCAAAGGAAAAUUUGGGGCAAGGGGCGAAUAAUCAACCCAUAUAGAACUCCAGUUCUUCGACAGCAUAGAAAUGGCUUUGUGAAACCAAGAUUUAGAGGUUCUUCUGCAGAAAGAAAUUCUGCACUUUCUUCCACAGAGCUCAAUGUUAUGUGCCCAUCCUGUUCUCCCAGAGAGUUGCUCACCACUGCUAUAGCAGCGUUGUCUUUUCCAAGUUCUUCCCCUGUCAACCUCCCUGAAGCUGACAUUUCCAGAAUCAUGUCAGAAGAGUCUACAACUCUACUCCAGAAUCCACCACUACUAUUUGAGAACAAACCAAAUGUAGAUUUUGAGAAAAAACCCACAAUAAACUCUGUCACUGCUGAAAGUACCCAAGUGACUCCAACUGGUGCAGUCAUGACCCAUGCCCCAACAUCCGUAUAUGUGGAAAAAUCACAUUUAACAAAUAUUGGCUACCCUAAUGUGUCGAGCACCACUGAAACUAAAAGAGAUUUAAUAAUGACAUCACCCCUUUCAGGUCCCAUCACCAAGCCAUCCAUGCCUAGUACUAUAGCCAUGACAAGAUUUUCAAGAAGGAAAAUUCCCUGGCAUCAAAUCUUUGUAAACAGCCGUAUCCUUAAAGAGAGGUUAAAAAAACAGCGUAAAUCUGGUUCACAAAAAAGCACAUCCACCGUGCUUCCUAAAACAUCUUCUGCUUUAUCCAUUGAUAAACUUUUCCCCUUUGGUUUCACAACACUCUCAGCAAGUGUGAUGCAAAUUCCAUCUGUAACAUUGGCAGCAACUCAACACAAUACUAUUGAAAGGCACAGUUCUGGAAAUUUCCCAGUGAUGAAGGAGCUGCCCUUCUCGCCCCUUUAUUCUACACUUGCUAGCGCCACAAGCAAAGAAGCAAAUACAAUGAAUUUCCUAUCAAUGCAAACAGCCACAAUGACAGCUCCUCCUACUGCCUCUGCAUCUAUCAUUAUCAAUAAAAUCCAAACAGCUAGACCUGGAGCACAAAAGCUGCAAAUACAAAAGGAGUCCCAGAAGGGCAGGAAUCACCCAAAUCUCUCUUCAGGUCAGAGUUCAGGCUUUACUGCAUCCAUCACUAUGACACCUCCUGUUCUAACAUCCAUCAAAACUGCAUUCAAGCACAGUGCCUUUGCUUACACUCAGUCUCCCCUAGAAGACACAACAGGAAUUUCAAGCACAAUUGGUCUCCAUUCAAGAACUCUUAAUCUGUCAGAUGCAAUUGAAGAACUACCCCAAGAAAAUACUCAUAUUUCGAAGAACACAACUGCUUUUGAAAAAACUUUGUCCAGCAAACCAUACCACAGUUCUGCCCCGAGGCAAACAAUCAUUAGACACUCAACGGAGCCACCAUUCCUGGGCAGCAGUGCCACUAGAAUACCAACUCCCAUCUCCCCUCCAUUUACUCAAAGUGCAGUUACUGACGAUGUGGCAACUCCCAUUUUCAGGGUGAUGUCAAAUACAAUGAUCAAGUUGCAUGAGUUGUCAAGGCACAAUGCUAAUCCACACCAAUUAGCAACAGAAUUUACAGCACCUCCCACAGCUCAUUCAAAUGCCAAGUCCACCAUUGGAACCACCCACUUCACCUAUUCUGAUGUGUUACAUUCUACUCCUAUGCUAGCACUGAUAACAAAGCCCCCGAGUUCUAAAUUGAAUCCCUCUCCUUGGUCAGAAAACCAAUUUUGGCACAAAUCAUACCCAGAAAUUGUUGGAAAAGGCAAAAAAAUGGCAGUGAGUGUGUUGCCCACUCCAGGCUUACUAGAGGUCACCACUCAGUCUUUAAAGUGGGAGAGAAAGAAGAAUACAAAAAAGAAUGGCUUUGAUAAGACACCAAUUCAAAAAAUAACCACUUCUGAACUCGCUUCCUUUGACUCUUUGUCUGGGAAUAUAUUUGAAAAGCCCAGAAUAGUUGGAGGAAAAGCUGCAAGUUUCACCAUUCCAGCUAAUUCAGAUGCCCUUCUUCCCUGUGAGGCUGUGGGAAACCCCCUGCCCACCAUCCGCUGGACCAGGGUCUCAUCAGGACUUGAUUUGUCUAAAAGGAACCAGAAUAGCAGGUUCCAUGUGCUCCCCAACGGUACCCUGUCCAUCCAGAUGGUGGGUAUUCAGGACCGUGGACAGUACCUGUGCUCAGCAUCCAAUUCAUUUGGCACAGACCGCCUUCACGUCACUUUGUCCGUGGUUUCUUAUCCCCCCAGGAUCCUGGAAAGACGUACCAAAGACAUCACAGUUCAUUCUGGAAGCACUGUGGAACUGAAAUGCAGAGCUGAAGGUAGGCCCCAUCCUACAGUUUCCUGGAUUCUUGCAAACCAAACAGUGGUUUCAGAAUCAUCUGAGGGAAAUAGGCAGGCCAUAGUGAAAUCUGAUGGAACGUUGGUCAUCCACAAUCUCACCAUUUAUGACCGUGGCUUUUACAAAUGCGUGGCCAGCAACCCCGCUGGCCAGGAUUCACUGCUGGUUAAAAUACAAGUCAUCGCAGCCCCACCUGUUAUUCUAGAGCAAAAGAGGCAAGUCAUUGUGGGGACUUGGGGUGAAAGUUUGAAACUGCCUUGUACUGCAAAAGGAACUCCUCAGCCCAGUGUUCACUGGGUCCUUUCUGAUGGCAGUGAAGUGAAACCAUUACAGCUUAUCAAUUCCAAGUUGUUCUUAUUUUCAAAUGGGACUCUGUAUAUAAGAAAUGUAGCCUCUUCGGACAGGGGCACUUACGAAUGCAUUGCUACCAGCUCCACUGGCUCAGAGAGAAGGGUGGUAAUGCUUACGGUGGAAGAACAGGAGACCAUUCCCAGGAUAGAAGUUGCAUCCCAAAAAUGGACUGAGGUGAAUUUUGGGGACAAGUUACUACUGAACUGCUCAGCCACUGGGGAACCCAAACCCAAAAUAAUCUGGAGGUUACCGUCCAAGGCUGUCGUCGACCAGUGGCACAGAAUGGGCAGUCAAAUCCAUGUCUACCCAAAUGGAUCCUUGUUUAUCGGCUCAGUAACAGAAAAAGAUGGUGGUGACUACUUGUGUGUGGCAAGAAACAAAAUGGGGGACGAUCUGAUACUGAUGCACGUCAGCCUAAGACUGAAACCCGCCAAAAUUAACCACAAGCAGCAUUUUAAAAAGCAAGUGCUCCAUGGGAAAGAUUUUCAAGUUGAUUGCAAAGCUUCUGGCUCCCCAGUGCCUGAGAUAUCUUGGAGUUUGCCUGAUGGAACGAUAAUAAACAGUGCAAUGCAAGCAGAUGACAGUGGCCACAGGACUCAGAGGUAUACCCUUUUUGACAAUGGAACCUUAUACUUCAACAAAGUUGGAAUAACAGAGGAAGGAGAUUAUACUUGCUAUGCCCAGAAUACCCUAGGGAAGGAUGAAAUGAAGUUCCACCUAACAGUCAUAACAGCUGCCCCACGGAUAAGGCAGGGUUUUAAGACCUACAGGAGACUCAAGGCUGGAGAGACAGCCAUCCUUGACUGUGAAGUCAUUGGGGAACCCAAACCAAAAAUAUUUUGGUUGCUGCCUUCCAAAGACAUGAUUUCCUUUUCCAAUGAUAGAUAUGUAUUUCAUGCCAAUGGGUCUUUGUCCAUCAAUGAAGUGAAACUGUUAGACUCUGGAGAGUAUGUGUGUGUAGCUCAAAAUCCCAGUGGGGAUGACACCAAAAUGUACAAAAUAGAUGUUGUCUCCAAACCUCCAUUAAUCAAUGGUCUGUAUACAAACAAAACUGUCUUUAAAGCCACAGCUGUGAGGCACUCCAAGAAACACUUUGACUGCAGAGCUGAGGGGAUACCAACUCCUCAAAUCAUGUGGCUCAUGCCCGACAAUAUUUUUCUCACAGCUCCAUACUAUGGAAGCAGAAUCUCAGUCUAUAAAAAUGGAACCUUGGAAAUUAGGAAUGUGAGGUUUUCAGAUACAGCAAGUUUUAUCUGUGUGGCUCGGAAUGAAGGAGGAGAGAGUGUUUUGGUAGUGCAGUUAGAAGUACUGGAAAUGCUGCGAAGACCGACAUUCAGAAAUCCAUUUAAUGAAAAAAUAGUUGCCCAACUGGGAAAGCCCACAGCAUUGAAUUGCCCUGUUGAUGGAAACCCGCCACCUGAAAUAAUUUGGAUUUUACCAAAUGGCACACUUUUUUCCAAUGGACCACAAAAUUCCCAGUAUCUGGUAGCAACCAAUGGUUCUUUUAUCAUUUAUAAAACAACACGUGGUGAUGCAGGAAAAUAUCGCUGUGCAGCAAGAAAUAAAGUUGGCUAUAUUGAGAAAUUAAUCAUAUUGGAAAUUGGCCAGAAGCCAGUUAUUCUAACCUAUGCCCUAGGGGUAGUAAAGAUUAUCAGUGGAGAAUCUCUAUCGCUGCAUUGUGUGUCUGAUGGAAACCCUAAACCAAAUAUCAAAUGGACUGUACCAAGUGGUUAUAUAAUAGAUGGGCCUCAAAUUAAUGGAAAAUACAUAGUGCAUGAAAAUGGCACCUUAGUCAUUAAAGAAGCAACUGCUUAUGAUAGAGGAAACUAUAUUUGUAAGGCUCAAAAUAGUGUUGGUCAUGCACAGAUUACGGUCCCAGUUUUGAUUGUUGCCUAUGCUCCCCGAAUUACAAAUCGCUUGCCCAGGAGCAUCCGCACAAGGACGGGAGCAGCAAUUCAGCUCCACUGUGUGGCUCUGGGAGUGCCCAAGCCAGAAAUCACCUGGGAGAUGCCUGACCACUCCCUGCUCUCAACGGGAAGUAAAGGGAGGACACGUGAAAGUGAGCUUUUGCACCCACAAGGUACCCUAGUCAUUCAGAAUCCUCAAAUCUCAGAUUCUGGGACAUACAAAUGCACAGCAAAGAACUCACUGGGUAGUGAUUAUGUAGCAACUUAUAUUCAAGUAAUCUAACAUGAAAUAAAAAACUGAAGCAAGUCAACAUCUGGACAGAGUUUACUUUUUGGAAGAAGUUUAAUCAAAGGCAGCCAUAGGCAUGUAAAUGAAUUUGAGUACAUUUACAAUAUUAAAUUUACAAUGGACAUGCAAAAAAGGAGUUGUAAAUAAAUUCA